UGAAGCAAAAUCUCUUCCGGAUGUGUUGACUACUUGCUCUUACUCACAAUGGGACCUUUUACUCCAGGUGGUCCUGAAAAUAAAGCCACCUAAGACAUAUCCUAUCCCACCCCACACUAUCUGGCCUAACAAUCAUGCUAACCCCCCUAGUCUUACAGAGACAUUUCUUGUUCUUUCUAAAUUGGCACAGCAAUUACUUACCAUGCUCCACACUAAACAUGGCCCACCAUGUGUGAGUAGCUUCUACUCACGUUUCUUUGAGGUGGUGCAGUCUGACUCUGUUUAUGUUUGGAGGGAAAUGAUAGGCUACGCUGCAUGGUUUUGAGCUCCAACUGCCUUUUAAAACAAACAAGAACUUCGGGAGUCAUGAGAUUACAUGAGAAUAUUCUCAGCCAUGACUUAUUUCUUUUUAAUUGAGAUGUACGGGGGCAAACACUCGAGCAUUAUCAACUAUGAUGUUUGCAUGAUUACAUACAACAUCUGGCAAGAAAAAUGCACCAGACUGUUUGCUAGAAAUUUUUCUAUAAAAUGCAAUUAACAUAAUUUAGUUCUUCAGGGAUUUUAAUGUGUGACAGUUUGUACUCCUGGAUAAGCAUGAACAUCAUUGUCAACAUGUCAGGCCCUUGGCCCUUGCUUUCUCCAGACAGCCAUAACUGUUGUCGUUGCUGCUCUCUUCCUCCUCCCCAUUUAAGUUUUGUUCAGUCAACUGCUUUUAAAAAAAAACCUGAAUUCCCCCUUUGUCUGCUUAGCCAAUAAAUAGCAGGAGGGACUCUCAGCUUCAGCAGUCCCACUCUACUCUUCUUACACUCGGCAUCCAUCUGACACCAUGUGGACCAGCACUAUGCUGCUACUCCUCGCCUGCUGCCUUUGGUCAGCUGAGGCUCAGAGUGAAGGCAGUAGGAGACAAAGCAUCUGGGAUGAUCAAAUCACAUUUCACACCAAAGUCAAGGACCUGUGCACCAUGAUCAUCACUGGUCACGGGGAAUACACGAGGCUGAGGCUGUCUUGCCAGGGAAGCAAACGCACCUACUGGUGUGAAUACGUCGGCAAGCCUUACACCUGCAGCUCCUACAACAAAAACCCUCGUCACUACUUUGUCCAGAUGAUGUGGGGCCUCAGAAAGCUCUACAAUGCCUGCCAGGGACCAAGGCAGAUCCAACCUCAUAUGUGCAGGAAGGCAACUAAUGACUCUCAGAUGGUUUUCUCAUCUGCUUCCUUCUCCCGGUCAUCGCCUGAAGAUCCUUCUAGGUCAGGAACAAGACCACCAGCACGGUCUCCAAGACCUCAACCUCGUCCUGCCCCUACAAGGCCUGAUUCAGCAAGGCAAGCUUCCACAAAAAACAUUCGAGUGACACCAAGAGUAAAAACAACAAAGACAACCAGUCCACAACCAACGACACCUCCAGCGGAGAGCAAGGCUAAGAAGAUGGCUCGGCAGUACUGCUGGAGAUCCCUUCAAGGCAUCUGUUCUUACGUCAUUGGUUUGUUUCGGAAUUAACAAGGAAGAUUAACAAUUCUGAUGAAGAUAACUUCUGAUGUCUGCUUAAAGUGGUCCUAGGAGGGAACUUCCAGAUGAGAAAUUUGUUCAUCCGUGGUGGAAGAACUGCAGCGCUCUCUUCAGGGAAAGCAUGGUACUGCUGCGACAUCCAAAGCACGAUUUCUAAGUGAACCUUACAUGUGUUAUCUUCCAAAUGUCACAGCUGGAAAAACUCCCUAACUGCUUAAUUGUGAAGAAUAAAUAUUUUGCAAAACAGUAGGCUAUGAAGCACAUGUAUGAAAUUGUACUAUGUUCGAGUUUAACUUGUGAGAGGGUUUCUGCAAGUGCACAAACUUUUACAACAAUAUAUGAGCCCAAGAUAGAGGAGACAGGCAACUCAUUCUUGUCACUUAUAUGUAUUUGUUUGUAUUAUGUUUGUUUACUUGUAUAUAAUCUACUUACAUCACUUAAUAUGACCUUGAAUAUUACACUGUUUAGAAAGACCAAGGUUUAUUUUGGUCUGAAAAAGUCAGUGGUUUCUGUACUGAUUUAUUUGACAGAAACAAAUAUAAUGAAUGUGAAAAUUGUAUUACAAAAAUAAACAUUAUUCUUGAUUA